CUCACUCACUCACUCCCUCACUCAGUCAGUGCAUAAGAGGAACAGAGCAGCAGUGUGCUCCCUGUUUUCAUUCAUCCCACCCUCCUCUCACCUCACCUGGGAUCCUCACUCUUCCUCAGAGCCUUACAGCAGCAGCAACAGCAGCAGCAGCAGCAGCAUCAGAAAACAUGGGGCUCCACCACAAAGAGUUCGCCAACGCAGGCAAGACAUCUGGCCUGCAGGUCUGGAGGAUCGAGAAUAUGGAGCUGGUCCCUGUGUCUGAGCGCUGGCAUGGGAGCUUUUACACCGGAGAUGCUUAUGUGAUCCUCUACACUGUCAAACAGAAGGACAGAGCUUCCUACCACCUGCACUACUGGCUGGGAAACGAGUGCAGCCACGAUGAGAGCACCGCGGCGGCCAUCUUUGCCGUGCAGCUGGAUGACUACCUGGGUGGAAAGCCGGUCCAGUACAGAGAGCUGCAGGGGGUCGAGUCUACAGCCUUCACCAGCUACUUCAAGGGAGGAAUCACUUACAAAACAGGAGGCGUGGCCUCAGGUUUCCACCACGUGGUCACCAACGGCCUUUCGGCACAGAGGCUCCUCCACAUCAAGGGCCGGCGUGUCGUCAGGGCCACCCAGGUCCCCCUCAGCUGGUCCAGCUUCAACAGUGGAGACUGCUUCAUUGUUGACCUUGGAGAUAAAAUCUACCAGUGGUGUGGAUCCAAGUGUAACAAAUUUGAGCGACUGAAGGCAGCACAAGUGGCCAGAGGAAUCCGAGACAAUGAGAGAAAUUCCCGUGCUGAACUGGUGGUCGUAGAGGAAGGAAGCGAACCAUCCGAGUUAACCGAUGUCCUCGGAGUCAAACCAGAGCUGUCAGAGGGAGAUGAUGAUGAUACAGAGGCAGACAUGACCAACAGGAAGAUGGCUAAACUAUACAUGGUUUCUGACGCAUCAGGAUCCAUGAAAGUGACGGUUGUGAAGGAGGAAAACCCGUUCCUGCAGAGCGACCUGCUGUCAGACGAAUGCUUCAUCCUGGAUCACGGCAAAAACAAGAUGAUAUUUGUAUGGAAAGGCCAUAAUGCCAACCCCAGUGAAAGAAAGGAGGCCAUGAAAACAGCUGAGGGCUUCAUCCAACAGAUGGGCUACCCAGCCAACACUCAGAUCCAGGUGCUGCCAGAGGGAGGAGAGACUCCCAUGUUCAAGCAGUUCUUCCUGAGCUGGAAGGACAGAGAUCAGAGCGAGGGUUUUGGCAAGAUGUUUGUCACAGAGAGGAUCGCCAGGAUCCAGCAGGUGGAGUUUGAUGCCUCCAAGCUCCACGAGUCCCACCAGAUGGCGGCCCAGUACAACAUGGUGGAUGAUGGGAGUGGAGACACACAGAUCUGGAGGGUGGAGAGCAGCGGCCGAGUCCCCGUCGACUCAAACAGCUACGGUCAGUUCUACGGCGGAGACUGCUACAUCAUCCUGUACACUUACGGGAGGAGGCAGAUCAUCUACACUUGGCAGGGAGCCAGCUCCUCUUUGGAUGAGCUAACAGCCUCAGCGUUCCUGACCGUAGAACUGGAUCGUUCACUGGGAGGGAAUGCAGUGCAGGUCAGAGUGUGCCAGGGUAAAGAACCCCCCCAUCUGCUGAGCCUCUUCAAGACUAAACCCCUCAUUGUGUAUAAGAAUGGCACGUCCCGCCAUGGAGGCCAGUCCCCACCACCUCCAACCCGACUGUUUCAGAUACGACGGAACCUGGACACCAUCACCAGAAUCGCCGAGGUUGAUGCCAGGGCAGCCAGUCUGAACUCUAACGACGCCUUCCUGCUGAAGAUGGCUGAUGGGAGGAGCUACCUGUGGAUGGGCAAAGGGGCCAGCAAAGAGGAGGAGAAGGGAGCUGAGUAUAUGAGCAAAGUGCUGAACUGCGUCAGCAGCCGCAUCACGGAGGGAAAUGAACCAGCUGAAUUCUGGGCUGCAUUAGGGGGGAAGACAGAGUACCAGACCUCAGAGAGGCUGGAGAGUCAGGCCAUGGUUCACCCUCCCCGUCUCUUUGGAUGUUCCAACAAGACCGGCAGGUUCAUAAUCGAGGAAGUUCCCGGAGAGUUCACGCAGGACGACCUGGCUGAGGAUGACGUGAUGCUGCUGGAUGUGUGGGAUCAGGUGUUUGUCUGGAUUGGAAGGGAUGCCAACGAGGUGGAGAGGGUCGAGUCCGUCCGAUCUGCCAAACAGUACAUAGAGACUGACCCGAGUGGCCGGGACAAGCUCACGUCUGUGGUGGUGGUGAAACAAGGCCAUGAGCCCCCCACCUUCACGGGCUGGUUCCUGGCCUGGGACCCCUCCCACUGGGACUCUGUGACCAGGAGUAUGAAGUCUAUGAAGCUGUAAGACAGAGAUGCUGAUCCACACAGGGAAACUGAAAUAUGAUCCUUCAUAUAAUCAGUGUGUUGAAAUAAAUAAAUUCAGUGCCCUUAAAGAGAUAAAUCAUCUAUGAUUGUUAAAAAGAAAUUAUAUUGACUGAUUGAUUGAUGAUUUUUGGUGUAAUCAGAUUUGAUUGUAUAUGAUUUUGCACAUGAACAAAGGCCUUACAGUGUGUUGCAAAGCAUUUAUUGUUUACAUGCAUUUACAGAUCAUUCAAAUUGUUCUUGAAAUGAAUAAAUCCUUCACAGCCCUUUCCUUUUUUCAGCGUCAGCUGAACUUUUAAACAUUGUGAAUAGAUUUAGACAUUUGUUGCUAUCAGCUUGAAUGACUGCGUCAUGUGUGAAAGCUGCUGAAGCGUCAGCCUCCAGAGUUUCAAAGAAUCUAAAUUUCCGAGUUAAAUAUCAAAGCAGAAGAUCAAACACCAGCACCAGGAUGAUACUUCCCACCUGGUGGAGAAGAAACUUGCCAAGUUUAUCCUCAAGAACAGAGAACCUUCCUGAGAGCGACAGCCAAUCCCACAGCAGUUUAUUUUCGUUUCGUUUCGGUUUAAAUAAGCUCUGCACCACAGUCAAUAGCACACAUUGUUCUC